AUGUCUCCUCCCGAGCAGCAGAAGGUCCUGGGCAUGCCGCCCUUCGUGGCGGACUUCCUGAUGGGUGGUGUCUCCGCCGCCGUCUCGAAGACUGCCGCCGCUCCCAUCGAGCGUGUCAAGCUUCUCGUCCAGAACCAGGAUGAGAUGAUCAAGGCUGGUCGUCUCGACCGCCGCUACAACGGCAUUGGUGACUGCUUCAAGCGCACCAUGGCCGAUGAGGGCGCCCUCUCCCUGUGGCGUGGCAACACUGCCAACGUCAUCCGUUACUUCCCCACCCAGGCCCUGAACUUCGCUUUCCGCGACAAGUUCAAGAAGAUGUUCGGCUUCAAGAAGGAGCGUGACGGCUACGGCAUGUGGAUGCUGGGUAACCUGGCUUCCGGUGGUGCUGCUGGUGCCACUUCCAUGCUGUUCGUCUACUCCCUGGACUACGCCCGUACCCGUCUUGCCAACGACGCCAAGUCCACCAAGGGUGGCGGUGAGCGCCAGUUCAACGGUCUCAUCGACGUCUACCGCAAGACCCUCGCCUCUGACGGUAUUGCCGGUCUCUACCGUGGUUUCAUGCCCUCCGUCGCUGGUAUCAUCGUCUACCGUGGUCUGUACUUCGGCAUGUACGACUCCAUCAAGCCUGUUCUCCUGGUCGGUCCCCUCGCCAACAACUUCCUGGCCUCUUUCGCUCUCGGCUGGUGCGUCACCACUGGUGCCGGUAUCGCUGCCUACCCUCUGGACACCAUCCGUCGUCGCAUGAUGAUGACCUCUGGCGAGGCCGUCAAGUACAAGAACUCGCUCGAUGCCGCCCGCCAGAUCAUUGCCAAGAACGGUGUCAAGUCCCUGUUCAACGGUGCCGGUGCCAACAUCCUCCGUGGUGUUGCCGGUGCUGGUGUCCUGUCCAUCUACGAUCAGCUCCAGAUGAUCCUCUUCGGCAAGGCCUUCAAGGGCGGCUCUGGUUAA